AUGGUUGACUCUCAGCGAUCGUGUAAAUUAGUAGACCAUCAAUUCUCUCUCGAGGACGGCUUCACAUUCUCUACCGGCGACUCGUCCCCCUUUCGGUCCCUCAAUUCCCUCUCACAACCCUUGACCUUCCCAAGCACGAGUUCACGUUCUGGAAAAAGCAGUCAUGCUAGCCGCUGCGCCUCUAUAGACUCGUCCGUGCAAUCUGAUUCGACCCCUUACAGCUGCCAGUGCACCAGGUCUGCUCUCAAGAUCCUUGAAAUGCUUUCCAGUCCUUUCAAGCCCACCGAGAGGUUGUACUCCGUGGAGCAAGCACUCUACACACUGAAACGAAGCAUCAGACAAUGCCAGUCCCUGGUCCAAUGCUCGGCGUCUGAGCGAGAUUCCGGGAUUGAAUUGCUAGUCAUUGUGCUAUGUGAAAAGAUGACCGCAAUCUUCGAGGGGAUCUCAGCGGGCUGGGAACGCCAAUUACAAGCUGUCGCGUGCACGCAAAAGAAGCCAUGCGCUGCGUCUGCUAUCGGCGGGGUAGACCCGCCACAAAAUGAUUUCAGGUACUCACAGUAUUCGAGGAUACCAAUAGGGGGCUACCAAAUUGACACCAUAGAGGAACGUCACCUGGUGUUUGGGUUGCUGGUUCAGCUGCAGUUGAAGCGGCUGGGUGAGAUAAUGACCACACUGAGGAAGAAUGCCAUGGCUAAUAAUUUGGAGUCGCAUUUGGCUAUCUUGAUGCCUACAAAUCAGAAGGUCGAGAAUUUGAAGGCGGCGCUAGAUAAAAUUACGAUAUCACACUCUUAA